AUGGGCUCACUGCAGGUAAUGGACUCAUCCACCCCGCAGGCUCCUACGCAUCUGUGUCAGGUCCUAUGGGCCCAGGCUGUGCCCUGGGACACUGGGCAGGGGAGUGUGGCCGAUGCUAGGGUCCUGGCUGAGGCAGCCCAGGUUGGUGCUGCCAAGAAACCACUCACCACCCAAGAGGACACUGAGUUUGUGGGAUGGGAUCUGGGGAGACAUGCCUGUUUCAGCUUGGCUGUGCUACCACCCCAGAAAGCUCUGAGGACCCUCAAGGGAUGCCCUCUCCAACAUGGCCAGCCGCACGCCCUCUGCUUGCGGAUCUGCGGCAGCCCUGAGGUGGGCAGGAUGCAGACACAUGAGAAUAAUGUAAAUAAGAAGCUUUAUGAUAAGGUGCGACAGGCGCUGGGCUGCGGCCUGAAGCUGGGUCGAGCGCUGCUGCUGCCCUUCAUGGGCAAGCCGGGCGGGGCCUAUGGCUUCGGGCGGCCGGGCCCGGCGGCGGGCUGUGUCCGCGAGGAGCGUCCGGGCUGGGCCUCCCCAGCGGAGACGGUUCCUCGCAGGAUCGGGCUCGGGCUCCCCAACCGUCUCCGCUUCUUCCGCCAGUUGGUGGCCGGGCUGGCGGCGCGGUUGCAGCGGCAGUUCGUGGUGCGGGCCUGGGGCUGCGCGGGCCCUUGCGGCCGGGCAGUCUUUCAGGCCUUCGGGCUAGGGCUGGGCCUCAUCGAGGAGAAGCAGGCAGAGAGCCGGCGGGAGGUCUCGGCCUGUCAGGAGAUCCAGACAAUUUUUAUCCAGAAAAGCAAGCCGGGGCCUGACCCGUUGGACACGAGACGCUGGCAGGGCUUUCAGCUGGAGGAGUAUCUGAUAGGGCAGUCCAUUGGCAAGGGCUGCAGUGCCACUGUGUAUGAAGCCACCAUGCCUACAUUGCCCCAGAACCUGGAGGUGACAAAGAGCACCGGGUUGCUUCCAGGGAGAGGCCCAGGUACCAGUGCACCAGGAGAAGGGCAGGAGAGAGCUCCAGGGGCCCCUGCCUUCCCCUUGGCCAUCAAGAUGAUGUGGAACAUCUCGGCAGGUUCUUCCAGCGAAGCCAUCUUGAACAUAAUGAGUCAGGAGCUGGUCCCAGCCAGCCGAGUGGCCUUGGCCGGGGAAUAUGGAGCAGUCACUUACAGAAAAUCCAAGAGAGGUCCCAAGCAACUAGCCCCUCACCCCAACAUUAUCCAGGUUCUCCGCGCCUUCACCUCUUCCGUGCCGCUGCCGCCAGGGGCCCUGGUCGACUACCCUGAGGUGCUGCCCCCACGCUUCCACCCUGAAGGCCUGGGCCACUGCCGGACGCUACUCCUCGUUAUGAAGAACUAUCCCUGCACCCUGAGCCAGUACCUUCGUGUGAACACACCCAGCCCCCGCCUCGCCACCAUGAUGAUGCUGCAGCUGCUGGAAGGCGUGGACCAUCUGGUUCAACAGGGCAUCGCGCACAGAGACCUGAAAUCCGACAACAUCCUUGUGGAGCUGGACCCAGACGGCUGCCCCUGGCUGCUGAUCGCAGAUUUUGGCUGCCGCCUGGCUGAUGAGAGCAUCGGCCUGCAGUUGCCCUUCAGCAGCUGGUAGGUGGAUCCGGGCGGAAACGGCUGCCUGAUGGCCCCAGAGGUGUCCACAGCCUGUCCUGGCCCCAGAGCAGUGAUUGACUACAGCAAGGCUGAUGCCUGGGCAGUGGGAGCCAUCACCUAUGAAAUCUUCGGGCUUGUCAAUCCCUUCUACAGCCAGGGCGAGGCCCACCUUGAAAGCCGCAGCUACCAGGAGGCUCAGCUACCUACACUGCCCGAGUCGGUGCCUCCAGACGUGAGACAGCUGGUGAGGGCACUGCUCUAGCGAGAGGCCAGCAAGAGACCAUCUGCCCGAGAAGCUGCAAAUGUGCUUCAUCUAAGCCUCUGGGGUGAACAUAUUCUAGCCCUGAAGAAUCUGAAGUUAGACAAGAUGGUUGGCUGGCUCCUCCAACAAUCGGUCGCCACUUUGUUGGCCAACAGGCUCACAGAGAAGUGUUGUGUGGAAACAAAAAUGAAGAUGCUCUUUCUGGCUAACCUGGAGUGUGAAACACUCUGCCAGGCAGCCCUCCUCCUCUGCUCGUGGAGGGCAGCCCUGUGA